UAUUUACUAAGGUCAAGUACUUAUUAAAUUUAUCAGGUUGGGUUUAUUUAUUUGUGUUCAGACCUCAGCAACAGCUGCGAAUGCUCAGUACUCAAAAAUGGAUAAUAAAGACUUGUAUGUCGUGGGUGCUGAAUUUAAGGAAUUGCAGUAUGACGGGUUUUGGGAUUGGUUUGUUAGAGUGUCUGACCUGAGUAUUCACUUAAAAUACGAACCCACUUACCUGAUUUCUCAAUUUGCCUUUAUAUUUGGUGGUAUAGCAACAUUACUUCAUGCUUUAAUUCGAGGAGGCAGAUUACCCUAUCUAUGGUUGGGGAUUUUGAUUCAUGGAAUAGUUGUAGAAUGUAUGUGUUACAUACUUCCGGAUAUCGACAAUUUUUGGCAUUCGCAAACUCCGAUAAUAUUUUUAGGACGAAGACUCCCGUUGCACAUCAUGUUCUUAUAUCCCUGUUUUAUCUACAAUUCUUCAAUCGGCGUUGCCAAAAUGCGUCUCCCACUUUGGGCUGAACCAUUCGCCGUGGGCCUAGGUUCCGUGCUAGUGGACAUUCCGUACGACAUUGUAAGCGUAAAUUUUCUGCACUGGACUUGGCACGACACUGACCCAAAUAUCGCAGACAGACACUACUGGGUCCCGUGGAAUUCCUACUAUUUCCACGCAACUUUUGCCGCAAGUUUUACGUUUUGGUUCCACUUUACGAGAAAAUUGAUUUGCAAAAGCGAAGGAAAAUGGAUCGCUGAUAAAAAUCCCAUCAAGGAGAUUUUAUGUUCGACCAUUGCUGGAAUUUUAGGCACACCGGGAGGGAUUCUCAUGUUUAUCCCGAUUUACCACCCUUUACACGACAUUUACAAAAUUCACUCUGAAGUCACUUUUUUCAUACUGUUUGUGAUUUUCCUUUUGAUUAUAUGGUCGGCUGAUCGCACUCCGAAAGAUACAGUUGAGGCGAAAAAUAAUCAACACACUACAUACUGGAGUACUUGGUUAUUGAUCGCCCAUUUAUUCAUACACUAUAUCAGUUUUUUGAUUAUUCCUAUAUUUUUCAACCCCGAGGAUGAAAUUGCGAUGGGUGUUAAAGAACCAAUCGGACCUUGUGACGAAUAUGUGCCAAUUCAAACCGCAUUCGGAAUGACGUUACAAAAACGAAGAUAUUUGUGCGCAACAGAUUACGAUGAGAAAUAUUUCGAUUGGCAUUGUUUACCUGGAGGCAAGCCCCCGUCCGAAGGCUCCUAUUGGUACACAGCCUGUGGUGUCCCUCUACCAAACAGGGUAGAGACAAUUGCCAUAAUUAGCCUAAUAUGUUUGUUGGGCGCCACUGUAUAUGGAAAUCUACAUUUCAGGUCAAGUGGUGAUCAAGUGUUCACUCACAAGAGCCAAACCGAAAAAACUGUAAAAACGAAAAAAUCGAAAAAACAUUAAGGCAAUAAAAAAUCCCCUAAGUUAUCAAAAGAA